AUGUCUGCCUCCAUCGUCGAAACGUCCCCGUUGACUCUUAUAUCGGCGACGCCAUCACCGUUUGCACGCAUGAAUCGCAUAGCGCUCACUCUAAAAGGCAUACCCUUCGAACUCAAGAACGAAAUACCUUGGCAAAGCGCAACAGAAACACCAAAAUACAACCCUUUGGAAAAACUACCCAUUCUGCUCUUCCCAGAUGAUCGCCCGCCCGUUUACGAUAGUGCGCACAUCCAAGAGUACAUUGUGCGCAAGUACGCCGACAAGGGACCAAAACUAAUCACCGACGACAUUGACCUUGAUUUGCAAAUUCGACAAAUUGUUGUUCUCAGCGAGGGGUGUAUGGACGCCAUUGUAAUAGCUCGGUUCGAAGGUCGACGUGAGAAAGAAAAGCAGUCGCAACUCUGGCUCAACAGACAAAAUCGCAAGAUCGAUGGUGCACUGCGGGCUUUCGAUGAAAUGGUGCGCAAUACGAAAGAGCAAGGGAAGGCCUAUCUUGUUGGUGAUGAGUUGAUGAUUGCGGACAUUGCGGUCGUGUGUGCUGUCGGGUUCAUUGAGUUCGCAGAAAUGAGGCCUGGAUGGAAGAGCAAGUACGAGGUAUUGGCGAAGUGGUUUGAGGAAUUAGAUCAGAGGAAGGUGUUCACGGACACGAGGCCUGUAAUGUUUAACUUGAGCGAAACUGUAGUAUAG